CCAUAAAGGGAGUGGUAGACAUCACAAAGCUCUGCCUGAUGGAGAUGAACCAGCAGGAACUGGCCGACACACUGUGGGCCGGAUCUGCUUCUGUCGAGUGCCAACAUAAAAUCAAGUUUAAUUUGAAGAAGAAAUUCAGGUGUGUGGUUGAGGGAAUCGCUAAAGCAGGACAGCGAACAGGGCUGAAUGACUUCUACACAGAGCUCCUCAUCACAGAGAGAGGCAGUGGAGAGGUCAACCAGGAACAUGAGGUCAGAAUGAUUGAAACAGCUAACAGGAAACCAGCUGAGGAAAAACCAAUCAGAUGUGAGGACAUCUUUAAACCCUUACCUGGACAAGAUCAACCAAUCAGGACAAUGAUGACAACUGGAGUGGCCGGCAUUGGUAAAACAGUCUUAACACACAAGUUCACUCUGGACUGGGCUGAAGACAAAACCAACCACGACAUACACUUCACAUUUCUCCUCACUUUCAGAGAGCUGAAUUUAUUGAAAGGGAAAGAGUUUAGCUUGGUGGAACUUCUUCAUCACUUCUUUAUUGAGACAAAAGAAGCAGGAAUCUGCAGAUAUAACCGGUUCCAAGUUGUCUUCAUCUUAGAUGGACUGGAUGAGUGUCGACUUCCUCUGGACUUCCAGAGAAACCCGAUCUGGACUGAUAUCACGAAGUCCACCUCAGUGGACGUGCUGCUGACAAACCUCAUCAGGGGCGACCUGCUUCCCUCCGCUCGCAUCUGGAUAACCACACGCCCUGCGGCAGCCAAUCAAAUCCCUGCUGAGUGUGUUGACAUGGUGACAGAGGUGAGAGGGUUCACCGACCCACAGAAGGAGGAGUACUUUAGGAGGAGAUUCAGAGAGGAGCCGCUGGCCAGCAAAAUCAUCUCCCACGUCAAAAAAUCACGAAGCCUCCACAUCAUGUGUCACAUCCCAGUCUUCUGUUGGAUCACUGCUACAGUUCUGGAGGACCUCUUCAAAACAUCCCAGAUAGGAGAAGAGAUGCCCAAGACUGUGACUCAGAUGUACAGCCAUUUCCUGAGGGUUCAGUCCAUACAGGGGGACAGAAAGUAUCAUGGGAGAGCUGGAACAGAUCCAGACUGGAGUUCAGAGAGAAGGGAGAUCAUUGUUUCUCUGGGAAAACUGGCUUUUAACCAGCUGGAGAAAGGCAACAUGAUCUUCUAUGAGGCAGACCUGGCAGAGUGUGACAUCAAUAUCAGAGCAGCCUCAGUGUACUCAGGAGUGUUCACCCAGAUCUUUAAAGAGGAAUGUGGGCUGUACCAGGACAAGGUGUUCUGCUUUGUCCAUUUGAGCUUCCAGGAAUUUUUGGCUGCCCUUUAUGUCUUUCUGUCCUUCAUCGACACUGGGGUCAAUCUGCUCUCAGAAGAACCAACAACCUCUGGUAAAGAUAAACUCCUCCUCCUCUACAAGAGUGCUGUGGACAAGGCCUUACAGAGUGAGAAUGGACACCUGGACUUGUUCCUCCGCUUCCUCCUGGGCCUCUCUAUGGAGUCCAAUCAGAUUCUCCUACGAGGUCUGCUUGGAAAAAAAGAUAUUAGAUCAGUGAUCAAUUGGCUGAUUCAGAGAGGAAGGGGCUCACAGACCAAUCAGAAAACAGUCUCUUACAUCAAGGAGAAGAUAGGUGAAGAUCUCUCUCCAGAGAAAAGCAUCAAUCUGUUCCACUGUCUGAAUGAGCUGAACGACCGUUCUCUAGUGGAGCAGAUCCAACAGUCCCUGACAUCAGGAAGUCUGUUCAAAAAACAUGUCUCUCCUGCUCAGUGGUCAGCUCUGGUCUUCAUCUUACUGUCAUCAGAAGAGGAGCUGGACGUGUUUGACCUGAAGAAAUACUGUGCUUCAGAGGAGGGUCUUCUGAGGCUGCUACCAGUGAUCAAAGCCUCCAAAACAUCUCUGUAG